GUGGUACCGAUGAUCUUUGUGGCAUUAGAACUACCGAGUGAGAGUACCAAAGAAGAGUUGACGUGUGUUUUGGAGAGAUUUCUAGGUCGGCUGUAUAGUGUAGGCUGUGUGGUAAGAGAUAGAAGGAGGAGGAGAAGAAGGCAGCUAAGGAGGCGGAAAGGUAAUCCGGAAUGAUGCAGAAUCCGGGAGGUCCAAUGAUUCAGGGAAUGGGGAAUGGAGUCCCGGUGAUGGGAACCAAUCAGCAAGGAGGAGUGUCCUGUUACCUAUGUGGCAAAGUGGGACACUAUGCGCGAAACUGUUGGGCGGGAGGGAACGGCCGACCACCACCCGCACAGCCAACCGCUUUGGCAGGAUUAGGUGAUGAAGAGACAAGGGAGUUUAGAGAGUAUUUAAGCGAAAAAAUUAAGAAGAAGAAAUUGGACGAGGAGAGGAGGGAGAGAGAAGAGGAGGAGAGAAGAAGGAGGGAAGAGGAAAAUAGAAAGGAGAGAGAGAGAUUGAGAGAGGCUGAAGCGAGGGAGGCGAGGCUUGAGGCGAGAUUGGUGAAGCUGCUCGCACAACACAACAAGGCGGGGGUACAAGGGAACUCGUCGGUGGAAAGGAAGAAAUCACCAAGGACAAAGGCGAGAGUUUUGAGAGAUAUAACGAGCUACCUCGAGGAGUCCGAAGACGACAGCGAAGAGGUAAGGAAGGAAGCAGGGAGACUAGUAGCGGCCAUCGAGAAGAGAAAAGGUAAGAAAAGGAUGAGUGAGGAAGAAGCCAGAGUUUCCAAGAUCAGAAGUGUGAGGAAAGGGAUGAGAGAGGAUCCUGUGAAGAUUGAGGAAGAAGAGGAGGUUCGUACCCCUCCACGAGACCUGAAGGGCGAAGAAGAUCAGGGGAUUCUCGAUUUCGCGAUCGAAUUGCAUCGACAUCUGUCUGAGAAAAAAGUUCCCGAACUUAGGAAGCUCUGUAAUCGUGAAGGAAUUGAAUGGUCCAGGAGGGACACUGUCAUAGGCGAAUCGGUGAAAUGCAAGGCAAAAUUAGCGUAUGUCAAAUUCGCUGAGAAAGGUAAGGCUGGUUGCAGUGCCGAUUACCGUAAUCCGGGCGCGACUCUGCUGAUAUGCCCGACGGCUUACCAUCGGGCAUGCAAGGAUACAUUUGGAAGAAAUCCGAGUUUCCGGGUAAUUCCUGAGGCCGAGGAUAAGGUACUAAAGAGGAUGAGAAGCAAUUAUGAGCAGCAGGGAUUGACAAGUAUUGCGAGGUGGCAAUCUGGCGGGAAGAUCGGCCUUGCGUACGUUUUACCGAAAGACAAGGAUCUACAGCGGUGGAGGCCAAUAUCCCCAAGUACCUGUGAUCCGUCCAGGGUGGCCGCAGCUCGAGUUGGACGCGCUAUUCGAUACAUGCUGUUCGGCUUGUCAAGGAAGGAGCACUUCGAUUUGAAGUCGAUGGAUGAGGUGGGGGAACGCAGUAAGACCAUCGAGAGAGAGUUGGGCAAGUCGGCGGACGACGCGUUUGCUCGGAGCUAUGACAUCAAGGAUAUGUUUGCACGCUUGUCUCACGAAAGCGUGGUGGAGGCAGUAGAGUGGGUGGUGAAGUAUCAUCAGAGUAAAGGGUUUAAAGGGGUACGGGUGAGCUGCCGGAGGAAGCUGUGCACAAUGAUGAGGAAAAUUAGGAAGGAGGAAGGAUUCGUCACCAUGACCUUCGAAGAAAUUCGGAGAGAGGUGGGGUUUGAACUUUCUCAUUCGUUCGUCCGCUGUACGGGAAGUUUGUUGAGACAAGAGAUGGGAAUUCCUAUGGGGAGGAAUUCGAGCCCGGCGCUUGCAUGUUUGCUGUCCAACGUCAAGGAACACAAGCAUCACGCCUACUUGUACUCUCGUUCAGGGGGCGCGUGCCAGGCUUGGUUGGACAACCUCCUGUCCAAGUACGGAGUGGUAGCGGCCGACUUGCACACCAAGAUCAGUUGGGAUGAUCUGAAGGCGGCGUGGCACAAGCGGUUCCAGGUGGAGCCGCCAAAGAUCAAAGCCAUGGACAAGCUCAUGGUCUUCGAGCAAGGCAUGCUGUCGAGUACGAAUUGGAUCGCCGAGUACCAACGCUUGACGUUGGGCAAGCGUCCUGCCGCUUUGCUGGAUAGCAGCGCGUCUCGCAACUUCAUAAGCCAGUCUUUAUGCAAAGGUCUGGCCUUCGGCGCACAAGUUCGGAGGAAGGCAAACCCGACGACGAUCAAGUUGGCGGAUGGUAAGACGCAACAACUUCUCGACCGUUACAUCGAGGCCGUACCGGUCUACUUCGCACCACAUGCAUGCGAACCGGUGACAUUCGAUAUUCUCGACACGGACUUCGACAUCAUUCUGGGAAUGCCUUGGCUUGCAAGUGCGGAUCACACAGUCAACUUCCAUCGGCGGACUCUUAGCGUUCGUGACGCCUUCGGCGCGGAAGUGGCGUGUACUAUUCCUCUACCUCGCUCUUCGAUCCGGUGCCAAGUGGUGACAGCCAAAUCAUUCCGGGCAACUUGCGCUUACGAGCAACCCGAGGAGAUUGGCCUAUGUUUCCUACGGACCGUCGCGGUAGCCGACUCUUCACCCACGGACUUGUCUUCGGACCCCCGUGUGGUACGGUUGCUGGACGAGUUCGCCGACAUCUUCGAGUCACCUACCGGUGUGGUGCCGGGUCGGCCGAUCUCUCAUGAGAUCAUUCUUGAGGCCGGUGUCGUGCCGCCAAAAGGUUCCAUCUAUCGGAUGAGCGAGGAGGAGCUUGAGGUCCUCCGCGCACAACUCGACGAUUUGUUGGCCAAGGGCUGGAUCCGCCCAAGUAGCUCCCCAUAUGGAGCACCAGUUCUCUUCGUCAGGAAGAAGAACAAGGAUCUACGAUUGUGUAUCGACUACCGCAAGCUCAACGCGCAAACCGUCAAGAAUGCGGGGCCUCUACCUCGCAUCGACGAUCUUCUCGAGCGGCUGGGCGGCGCGAAGUAUUUUUCCAAGUUGGAUUUGAAAUCAGGAUAUCAUCAAAUCUCGAUCCAGCCGAACGAUUGCUACAAGACCGCGUUCAAGACGCGGUACGGGCAUUUUGAGUGGGUGGUCAUGCCUUUUGGCCUCACCAACGCCCCGGCGACCUUUCAGGCGGCCAUGACCAAUGAGUUUCGUGCAAUGUUGGACCGGUUUGUGCUGGUCUACUUAGACGAUAUUCUCGUCUAUAGUCGGUCAUUGGAGGAUCAUUUGGGGCAUCUUCGACAAGUGUUGGAGACGCUCCGCCGCGCCAACUUCAUCCGCGGCUACCAAGCCGACCCCGAGUUUCGCGACAAGUACGCGAAUUGCUCAUCUCCUAAUCCGGCUCCUUCUCACUACCGGAUCCAAGAGGGGUACUUGCUUGUCCAAACGCGGGGGAAGGACCUUCUUCGCGUACCGAGUGAUCCUCACUUGCGUACACGGCUUCUUGGCGAGUUCCACGACGCUCCCGCCACUGGACAUUUUGGAGUCAAUCGCACGAUUGGCCGACCUCGCCAGCGAUUUUGGUGGCCCGGCCUUCUCGGCGAUGUCACACGCUAUUGCGAGUCAUGCGAGGUUUGCCGACGCUGCAAAUCCCGCAACCAUUGUCCGUAUGGCGAGUUACGACCAUUGCCAGUCCCGUUGCGGCGAAGGGAAGCGAUUACCAUGGACAUUACCGGCCCGUUCCCCAAGCACAAGACCGGAGUGGAUGGGAUUCUCACGGUGGUCGACCGACUCACCAAGUUCGCCAUGUUUUUGCCUUGUCGCUAUCAUGCCAAGGCACCGGAGUUGGCCGAGGUUCUUUACGCCGGUUGGAUUCGCACCAAGGGUUACCCCAAGGAGAUCGUCUGCAACCGCGACACUCGGUUCAUGUCCGAUUUUUGGUUGGCGCUCAUCAAGCGAUGGGGCUCAUCUCUCAAGCCCAGUUCAUCUCGCCACCCUCAGACCGAUGGCCAGACGGAGAGGGCGCAUCAGACCGCACAGGUUCUCCUUCGCACUCUCAUCCGCCCCGACCAGAUUGACUGGGUUGAGCGACUGCCGGAUGUUGAGUUGGCCUACAACUCUUCCAUCCACCCGGCUAUUGGGWUAUCGCCCUUCGAGUUCGAGCAUGGCUCGCCCGUCACGUCACCGUUGGACAUUAUUACUCCACGCACGGCCGAGAGCGACGACCAUCUUCUUUUCUUGCGUCGGAUGCAAGAGCUUCUUGUCAAGGCACGCGACCAGAUGGCAAAGACGCAGCAGCGCAUGAGCCAGCAGGCCAAUCGCCAGCGUCUUCCUUGUCCAUUCCGCGCCGGGGACCUCGUCUGGGUUUCCACAGCGGAAUUCAGCCUUGAACAAGACGUCUCUCGCAAGCUCCUUCCGAAAUGGAUGGGGCCUUGGCCGAUCAUAGAGCCCACUGGGGAUGCACCCGAAGGACCCUCCUUCACGAUUCAGGUGCCUAGCCACUUGCCUGUCUACCCAGUCUUUCAUUGCUCCAAACUGGCUUUCUACACGCCAGCGGAUCAUGACGACUUUCCCGGGAGACGUACGCAAUACCCACCUUCUAUGGAUGGUUUUCAGGAGGUCGGCUACAUCAUCUCCCAGCGACGCUUUGGCAACAAGCCAACUGAGUAUUUAGACACCGGGGCACUGCCACGGCGCAGUGCCAGGCUCGCAGUUCGUGCCCGCCCUGCGGUACCUCCAAGACCCAAGAGAUUCAGCAGACGGACGACUCCAGCGGCAUCAAGUACGGCAUUGACAGUACAAGACACCACCGGAGAUCUUCCCGCAUGCCCGGUCCGAGAGGCCAGCGAGCCUUUGGCUGACUAUCGUGGGCGGCUACAGGCAUUUACAGACGCCGUAGCCGCCGCCGAGACUCAGCAGGCUGCUGCAGAGGCAGAACGUCAGCGGCUGGCCAAUGAGGCGGCAGCCGAAGCUCAGCGGACAGCUGAGACUGACGAAGCGGCACGAAACAGACGGAAUGCCGCCAGCACGGAGUCCCUGAUUGCUAGUGAGCAUCAGUGGACAACGACACUCCAAAGCAUGAUCUUUGUGCCUACGGAAACGCAGGCGGAGCCGACACAGGCGGAGGCAGAGAGAAGUAACCUGGCUACCGUGAUGUUGAACGUAAUGAGGGGAGUAAUGUGGAACAACAAACUACUGCAGGCACACCUGCACGCGGAACGACAGCAAAGACAACAGUACCAGCAAGACCUGACCGCUGUAGCGGCCGGCGUCUGCGACGCAGCAAUACAGCAGCAGCAACAGCAACAGCUGAUGAACUCUACCAUYGCACGCAUCAACGGCAUUGAGGCCAAGGCCUCAGCAGCGCCAGGCUGCACGACGGACGCGACGAAGCAAAUCAACGAACACAUCGAUCACGUCGUCACCAUCAUCGGCGACAUAGGUGUUUUCAACGGACCGGACACGAUCAGCAGCACGGUGGCCGCCAUCAAGACGGACAUCACCAAGCUACAGAUGAGACCGAACGCCGCUACAAAGACGUUCAAGAUGCCGCACUUCGACAUCUGCAAGUUCGACGACUACAACAAGUCGGACGCUUUGACAUGGUGGCAACGUUUCCUCACGGAAGCGUCAUGCCGCACUGUCCCAGCAAACGACAUGUUGAAGGCACUCUAUUUGCAACUGAUUGGAGGAGCGCAGGCAUGGAUGAACCACCUGGCGGCCACCCACAAGUGCACCAUCGCCGAACUNAACGUCGUGAAGGCGGCCAUGAAUGAGGUGUACACAUGCUCUCAGGGGAACAUGCCAACUCGAGACUGGACAACGAAGUGGCAAAAGAUAGUGACCACACCAGGCUUCGACUUGACGUUUCCAAAUCAACGAUCCGAGUUCUUCUCGCGAUCAUGCGCGGGAUUGCGGUCGGCACUCGGUAAUGAGUACGACUAUACCACAUUCCAGGCCAUUCUGGAUCGAGUGAACUUGGUCAUCCAAACGAACGACAAGGCCGCUAACGAGAGACAAUCCCAGCCACAUUAUGUGGCUAAGCAGGGCUAUCAACGUCCGACACAUAACAAUGUCGUGAUUUCUAAAGAAACAGACGAUCUCCACGCUGUAGCAGCAUCCUCGAGUGAUGGAGGAAUUGUAGCAGCGCUCCCGCCGAAGCGUCCCAAGAGAGUUCGUAAGAACAAGGCGACACAAGAGACGGCAGCGACGGGAACUGGGCAGCAGCCAUGGACGGCUUACAAGAUAACCAAGGAUGUCUAUGACCUUCGUCAAAAGUACGGAUACUGCCUCUGGUGCAACGGCGUCACUCAUAUGACUGCACAAUGCCCCGAAAAGGGCAAGGCACGCGUACCCCGUCCUGCAAACUCGGGAAACUGAGUUACGCAAGGAGAGGGGCGACGUCUCUCCUCACUCCGCCGGACCCGGUUGCCUUGCUAGCAAUCGAUGUCA